AUCAACAUCAACACCGCCCGUGUCGAGUUGAACUCGGAGCGAGUUAACUCGUCGAACAUUCCAUUCUGCCAUUGAUAAGUUCUUAUCAGUUAUCGCUUCCGCAGUCCGAGUUCAAGAACGAGCUAGGAAAGUUCCACCGAUUCAUGAGUUUCACUUUCAUCCAAAAAUUCGUUACUGAGUCGACUCGCUUCCCUUACACCUCCGCUUUUGUUCUCGCGUUCAUCACUGUCGCAGUAGCUGCCGUCAGAUUCCGCCGUCUGUCCAAACCGACGUCGUUUACGAUGUCUUCUUCAUCAGUAAACGACCCUGUUCAGCGCAACCGCAUCUUCUCGAGCAAGCUCUACUUCGAUGUGCCUCGCUCCAAGGUUCCGAUUAUCUAUUCUGAAUCAUAUGACAUAUCCUUUCUCGGCAUUGAGAAACUGCACCCGUUUGAUUCUUCUAAAUGGGGGCGAGUUUGUAGAUUCCUAGUGUCGUUUGGUGUUCUGGAUAAGAAAUGCAUUGUUGAGCCUCUUGAAGCUUCAAAGGAUGAUCUUUUAGUGCACGUUAACACAUUUUGUUAUAUGGAGUGGAAGAUGAUAUGUGAACUGAAAGUUAACUUUCUUACUGCACACCUUUCUGAAGAAGAAAAGGUACCCUUUCUUAAAAAUGUGGCUACAAUAAUUGAGGUCCCUCCGGUGGGGUUAUUUCCUAAUUGUCUUGUGCAACAAAAAGUUCUUCAUCCAUUCCGGAAGCAGGUUGGUGGAACUAUUUUGUCUGCAAAACUUGCAAAAGAGAGAGGAUGGGCCAUUAAUGUAGGAGGAGGAUUUCAUCACUGCUCUGCAGAAAAAGGAGGUGGAUUUUGUGCUUAUGCAGAUAUUUCUCUUUGCAUCCACUUUGCUUUGGUUCGGUUGAAUAUAUCGAGGGUGAUGAUCAUUGAUCUUGAUGCACAUCAAGGAAAUGGCCAUGAAACAGACUUUGCCUAUGAUAGCCGAGUCUACAUUUUGGACAUGUACAACCCUGGAAUAUACCCUUUGGAUUAUGAGGCAAGGAACUACAUAAAUCAGAAAGUUGAAGUGAAGAGUGGGACACUCACGGAAGAUUACCUGCAGAAAUUAGAUGAAGCACUAGAGGUUGCUGGGCGUAGCUUUGACCCUGAGUUGAUAGUUUACAAUGCCGGAACUGACAUCUUAGAUGGUGAUCCAUUAGGAAGGUUAAAGAUCAGUCCUGAUGGGAUUACCCUCAGAGAUGAGAAAGUUUUUCGGUUUGCUCGUGAGAAGAACAUUCCUAUUGUCAUGCUCACGUCAGGUGGUUAUAUGAAAUCCAGUGCUAGAGUCAUUGCAGAUUCAAUAGUCAAUCUGUCCAAGAAAUGCUUGAUAGAAGACAAACAGGAUUCCUAAGGCUGCCAAAGGAUGCUCCUUGCUUGCACCUUAUGAGAUUAUAUUAUGAUCAAUUAACAAAAAAGGUCUGUUGUAAAGAUAUUUAGAUCUCGAAAGCAACUGGAUUAGAAUGUUUCCACUGAUCCUUUUGUGUGUUUAUUUUGUUAGUUUCCCAAGGGUAUCCUGCCUGCCACUACCAGGUAGUGAAAAAGAAAGAAUGAACUCUACAUGAAUAUUCUGUAAAUAUGUCAGUGUAUCUUAUACAUACGUUUAUCCCUCUUCUUUUUAAUUCUUAUUUGUGUUCCAAUAAUGGAUGGAUGAGAAAACUGUCAAGCUUCUUUUUUCCUUUUUAA